GAGGAGGAAGCGGAAGGUUCUUUCGUGGGGAACGUUGCCCGGGAUCUCAACUUGGCGGCGCUGAUCCCCGCCGACGUGUUUCGGACCCUCCAGUACAGCCUGAUGGCUUGGGAGGACGGCGGCCAGUUCAGGGUGGACAAAGACAACAGCGACCUCUUCACCAAGUUCAAGCUCGACCGCGAGCAGCUGUGCCGCUUCAAGGCUCAGUGUCUGCUCAACGUGCGCGUCGUGGCUCGGUCAGCCGCGGACAUCCGGAAGUACUGGAUCGUCAUCAACUUACUGGACGUCAACGACAACGCUCCGAUAUUCCCGAAUCCCAGUGUAACGCUGAGCAUUCCCGAGUCGGUUACUCUGGGGAUGAAGUAUUCGAUACCGCCUGCCUCCGACGACGACAGAGAUAACAAUACCAUAACGUCGUACGGCAUCGAGCCGAGCAGUUCGUAUUUCAGCGUCGAUUACCUCAAGAAGCUCGACGGCACCUUUGACGUGAUCCUCGUGGUCAAUCACGUGCUUGACCGCGAGACUGAGGAUGAAUAUCGGCUGGUGCUCGUGGCACGCGACGGUGGGGCGCCUCCAAGGAGCGGUUCGAUGGUGAUCGACAUCAAGGUCGCGGACGUCAAUGACAACACGCCCAGCUUUCCGCAGAGUCAGUACGCCGUCAAGGUCGGCGAGAACACGGCCCCCGGAGCGGUCAUUUUAACGCUGACCGCGUCCGACGGCGACAUCGGGAUCAACGCAGAGAUAAGCUACAGGCUGAGCAGGAACCAGUACACCGGGGUCGCCGAGAGGUUCGCCGUGGAUCCCAAGUCCGGGGUUCUCUCCGCGAGAGCCGCCUUGCCCAGCGGCGGCUACACUGUCAUCGUCGAGGCCGUGGACGGAGGGACCCCGCAGAAGGUCAACCAGACGGAAGUCCUGGUGACCGUCAUCGACACCAUGAACAAUCCACCCGAGAUAUCCGUCGAUCCGCUGAACGGUGACGCCAGCAGCGCCUACAUCCUGGAGUCGGCCGGCCACGACACCAUGGUGGCCUACGUCUCCGUGUCCGACCCGGACUCGGGAGAAAACGGCGCGGUCACGUGCUACAGCCAGAGCUCGUUCUUCGACCUCCGACCCCUCCAAGACGACGACUACAAGGUCGUGGCCGUGCGGCCGCUGAACCGCGAGGAGACGGCGCAGUACACCGUGACGGUCUUCUGCGAGGACGCCGGCACCCCGCGGCUCAGCGCCACGACGACGUUCGACGUCGCCGUCGGGGAUGUGAACGACAACGCGCCGGUGUUCGACAAGCCGGUCCAAACCGUCGCCUUCUCCGAGGACAACGUCGUCAAUGACGUCGUCAUGAUCCUGUCAGCCGCCGACGAAGACGCCGGGGACAACGCGAAGAUCACGUACAGCCUCAUCGACGACUCGAACGGGUUUUUCCGUAUCCCCGCGGGCUCGAGCACGCUGACGUGUGCCAAAGUGCUGGACAGAGAGACCCAAGACACGCACGUGGUGAGAAUACUGGCCCGCGACGGGGGUUCCCCUCCUCUCUCGGCCACAGCCACCGUGACGGUGAAGGUGCUGGAUGUCAACGACGUAACGCCCCAAUUCUUUCAGCUCAACUACAAGUUUUCGACCCCGGAGAACGCCCCCGCGGGGACGGUAAUCGGGGCCGUGUCGGCGUUCGACCUGGAUCUGCGCGAAGGAGGCGACGUCAGAUUCUCGAUGUCGCCCUCUGUCCCGGAGAGCGACAAGUUCCAGGUCUCGGCCGACGGGACCAUCACGACCCUGGUGCCGCUGGACCGAGAGGUCAGGGACGCGUACCACUUCUCCGUCGUCGCGUCCGAUAACGGUCGGCCGCGGCUGAGCUCCCAGGCAGAAGUCCAGGUGUUCGUGACGGAUGCGAACGACAACGCUCCCGUCUUCUCGUUUCCGAGUGCCUCCAACAACAGCAUCACACUGUUCCAGCCGAUCGAUGGAGAAUUUCCACUCUUUAGGCUACAGGUAAAUAGAGCAAAUUAACUGAUUUAUCAGUUAGGUGAAUAGAUUUUUAAUUGAUUUAUCAAGAGGUAAAUAGAUAUUUGAUUGAUUUAUUACAGUGAAAUAGACAUUGUGUUGCAUACGCAUUCAAGGAACAAGUUAUUGAACUAUAAAGAAGCAUUUUUGAUUAAAAAAAUUUGCUUUUAUAAGGAUUAAGAGUCGAAAACAAAAUAAUGCUUGUUAAUCAUUAUGUUCAGAGUGUUUUGUGAAGCCAAAAAUCUCACCCACUAUUGUGACUCUAUUCUAGGCCACGGAUGCCGAUGAAGGGGAAAAUGGCGAAGUGCAAUACUCACUGCAAGCCGGAAAUGCGUCACGCCUGUUCAAGGUGAAUCCCGCCACUGGUGACGUGCACGCGAUCAAGAAGUUCCCCGAGGAGGACGUGGGUGACUACAAUCUCACAGUCACCGCCGCAGACAAGGGAGACCAGCCGCUCAGCACCACCAAGUUUCUGAUGCUACACGUU